CGCGAAGCCACGCCCCCGAGUCAGUGAGGGAGAGGGAGGCAAGAUGGCGGCGGCGGCGCGGGGCGUCGGGGCCGCGGUGGGUCGCGGAGUACGGGAGCUGCGCAUCCACCUCUGCCAGCGCUCCGCCGGUAGCCGCGGCGCCAGGGACUUCGUCGAGCAGCGCUACGUGCCGCUGAAGAAGGCGAACCCCGACUUGCCCAUCCUGAUCCGCGAGUGCUCCGGGGUGCAGCCCAGGCUCUGGGCUCGCUACGAGUUUGGCAAGGAGAAGAGUGUGUCUCUGGACAACCUGACGGUGGAUGAGGUGGCCAAGGCCUUGGAGAGCCUGCUGAAGGGCGAGGUGCGAGGGCAGCAGUAAAGGUGCACGAGUGGA